AUGGCCUCGAAGCGGCUGCGCAUCCUCCUCACCAACGACGACGGCCCGCCCUCGGGCCCCAAAGGCCACUCGCCGUUCGUCUACCCUUUCGCUCGCGCGCUCGUCGACGCCGGCCACGACGUGCGCGUCGUCGUCCCCUCGUCGCAGAAAUCGUGGAUCGGCAAGGCGUACCACAUUGCCGACAAGUGCACGGGCGUCUUCUACUACCCGCCGGUCGGGAGCGACGACGGCACGGGCGGCGAGACGAGCGACCUCCCGAGGGAGAGGCGAGAGGGCGAGAUGGAGUGGGUCCUCCUCAACGGCACGCCCGCCACCUGCGCCUCGGUCGCGCUGCACAACCUCUUUGCGCCCAACUCGUUCGACCUCGUCAUCUCGGGCCCCAACCUCGGCCGCAACAGCUCGACCGCGUUCGCCAUGUCGUCCGGCACCGUCGGCGCAGCCAUGGCCGCCGCCAUCUCCGGCGCAAACGCCAUCGCGCUCUCGUGGGGGCUCAUGGAAGGCUGGAAGCCGCCGCCGCGAGAGUUUGUGGACGCGGCGACAAAGGUCUCGCGCGACGUCGUCGAGCGGCUGCACGAGGUCGGAUGGGGCGAGGGCGAGGGGCGCGUCGACGUGUACACGGUCAACGUUCCGCUUCUCCCGAGCAUCCAGAAAUCGCCCGAGGUGCGAUGGACGACCAUGGCCCAGACGGCGUACGGCCGCCUGUUCAAGUCGACGCCGCACCCCGACUCGACGACGAGCGCCUCACCCGCCGAGGUCAACAAGGGCGGGCCGGCCGCCGUCGCUGCGCCGCAGGGCGACAACGUCAAGCCGGCGACGAGCGGCGACGAGUCGAGCUCGAGCUCGAGCGCCAAGAAGGACGAGCUGCGGCUCAAGGACGAGCACCGCAAGGAGAAGCUGCACUUUGUGUUUGCGCCCGACCUCGGCGCGCUCAUCAACCCUCGGCCGGAAGAUCUCGUCGAGGACACGGACAACCACGCCAUCUUUGCCGGCGCCAUCUCGAUCACGCCCAUUCGGGCCGCGUUCAUGCCCGCCAAGGCGCCCAACGUCCAGCUCCGGUUGUAG